AAAUGAUGAUGAUGAUGAUGAUGAUGAUGAACUUAGUUUGGUUUUUAAUUUUAGCAUAGUAUUCCUUAAAAAAGAGUCAGAGUCCACCAUCUUCUAUGACCUGAAGUAAACAUUGGGCUGAGUGAAGGAGGCACACAGAAAGAGAGAGAGAGAGAGAGAGAGAGAGAGAGAGAGAGCAGCGCCGCGUUUCCUUCUCACCUGCCGCACCUUUCAGCCACUCUCCCUUCGUGUUCCCUCACUAACACGCGCCACACGCCUCCAACUGCAGAGGGACAUGCCCUGGCUGGUGCAGCGAGACCUUCUGUUGGUGCUGUAGGCAGAUCCCGGGUGAACCGAGCUCUGGGGCAAUGAAGAUGGUGCUUGGCUACCAGUGGGCAUGGCAGGGACCUUCUCACCUAAUGGAUGUUGCCUGGAGCUGACUAUAGCAUGCUGAGAGGCUCAAUGACCUCGCUGGUACCUGUUGAUUUUUUGGUGCUUCCAUGAUGUCACUUGCCCAUCACACCCACUGACCAUGUAAACACUUGCCUUUAUCCUGUAUUCCUGUUAUAAUGCCAAGGUAGUUUAUUGUAUCACUGUUUGUAUAGCUCUAUUGGUUACAAAUUAAGAUAUAUGUGUGUUCUCAUCCACUGACUCGUCAUAAAAGACCUCCAGUAUUCUGAUUUUUCUUUAUUCUAUUUUUCAUGCUGCUAGAAUUUGUUGUAUUUGUUCCUCAGUUGUUGAGGGUUAAAUUAUCAGUACGUGAGGUCAUCUAGUAGCAUUUGUUAACAACUACUGUGUUCCCUUAGUCUUUAUCAAUUGUUAUGAUGUGUUGAAUUUUUAAAGAAACUAUUCAAGUCUCUUGAUUAACUGGUUGUGCUCCAUUUCUUUAUCUCUACUCUUGAGUUGUUAUAGAGUUCAUGGACUCUACAUAUAUUGGUAUUUAUAUAUAUUGUUAUGUUGCAGUCAACAAUCGAGAAGUUGAUGUUAACAGUCUUAUCCUGUAUAUGAAAAGGUCUGGUACCCUCACACACAGAAAUGAGGACUUGUUGAAUGUUUUGUAGAUAAAUGUAAUAAUGAAGGAGCUUGUAUAUACUCGCAGACCAGGCUCUGUUGUCCCAGCACCAGGGGAGCCCAGGCCAUGUGAGGCAGAGGUAAUUAUGGACUCUCAGAGUUGUGGAAGUGUAGCUGAAGGAAGUGACAACAGCCGUGUUGAGGCAGACAAAGGAAGCGGCACUGAAGGGUAUGACACACAGAACUGUGACAUUAGCAGUACAAAACAUAAUAAAGGAAAUAGUGAGAGUACUGCUGUGCACCAUGAGUCUAGCAGUAGUGUUGAGCAUGCUGUGACACAUAGUAAACAUAGUGCAAACUAUGAUACAGUGAUUGUUGAGUGUGUGACAGAGAACCUGGGAGCCAAACACAAUCAAAGUACAAAGUAUAACAAAGAAAGCUCUGAGAGCAGUAGUUGUGAACCAAGAAGUGAUGGAGGUGCUGAGACUAGUGCAGUAUUAGCUCUAAAUCAGAGUGACACAUCACAAGUGAGCACCUUACACAGCAAUGACUCGAGAUGUACUCUCCACCUCGCAAAAGAUCAGCAAGAUAGAAUCACACUCCUGCUUGAAAUGGAGGACACAGUCAGUGAUGGACUGGUUUCUAAAGUAAUGGGAGAACAUAACUUAACAUUUGGCUGUGACUUGGAACAACAAAUAGAUCAAGUGCAAGUGGGCAUAGAUAGCGUGGCAAACCAGACAAACAGUUGCUCAAUAAAGCUGGACGAGCAAGGUAGUGACAUAGACUCAGGAAAUCAGAUGGAGAAAGACAGUAACGGUGAUGCCAAGAGUCAGACAGUAAAGAGAAGCUGUUUUGAAGUGGAGGAGAAGGUGGAUAGUGAUAGUGAUGUGAAAAGUCAGUCAAUGGAGAGCAGCUGUACUGACGUGGAGAAGCAAUUGUCAGACAUCAGUGCUAAUGACUGCAGGUUGGAGACUGUGGAGAGCAGCAGUACUGAUAUGGAGAAUGUAGCACCUCAAACUGAUAAGGAUGCCAGUGAGACAGAGCAGAGCAGUAGUAGUAAUAUGAUAGCUGCAGCUGGAGAGAACACACAACAUACUGAUUCUGGAGAGACCAAACACGAGGUUAGCAACGUAGAGAAUGCAGAGAAGCCAGAGGAGAAUGUUGAUAGUGGUGAUGUGGAUGCUGAAAUGAAUGACAUGUUGAGUGAUGAGCCAAGUGAGGACCUGCACACCACCAAGCUAGGAAAGAUCUGCAGGAUAUGUGGUGAGAUGACUGUCAAGUAUGAUGGUCCCAAGAAAGGCGUACCAAAGGAAGAAGUUGUGAAGCACGUCAAGAAAGUGUGGAAUGUCGACAUAUCAAACGAGAGUGCAGAAGUGUAUCCUCUCAAUGUGUGCUUAAGCUGUGAACGCAAAAUAAAGAGAAUAUACUUGAAAGUGUCCAAGAGGAAAAAGUGUGAACUCUUCCGAGACAAACCAGCAGAGUUUGUGGAGCACAGUGGGAGUGACUGCUCUGUAUGUCUUCUGAAAGAGGAAACUCCACUGCCUGUCUUAUCUAAUGAAUCAGUGAUGAAGAAUAAAAGUAGUGUAGGUGGUAGUGCUACCGAUGCUCAAGAAACGCUCACAAAGAAUAGCACACCACCACAAGUUCAAGAGUCAAGAAGAAACACAACCAGGAAGCGAAGCAGGGAGGAGCUGAGAGAUGCAUUCAGAACUGUAGGAAGCCAGACGGAGGACGUUGGCAACCUUGACGGCAUCACUGGCCUGGAGGAACACGACUACACUCAGGAAGAGGCACUCAGGCAGUAUCUCAUCAUGCCCAAGAAGAUUGGCACCAGGACCCCGUACCAGAAGCAGUCCCUGUGUUCUGUCAAUGCCAAGUAUAUCCGGCAGGACCGCCUUAAGCCUCUCAUAUCUCACAUCGAUAAGUUCUGUCAGGUGCACAAAGAGGACAAGAUAGAUGUUAUGUUCUUCCUGCUGAUACAGGCACUGAAGGAUGCAAAUGACCGUGCUAGAGAGAACUUGGUCACGGACAUUUGGUGUAAAAACAACAUCGGUGUGUCCCUCACAGACGAGGAGUGUCUGGCCAAACGGAUAUUGCUCAAGCAGACCAAGGAGCAGUACAGGAAGGAAUACUGCUACUACAAGGACAAGCUGGACAAGUCUGUGCUCAAACCACCAUUCAUCAUUGACCGGCUGGAGAAGACCUACUUUCCGGAACACCUCGACUAUUUUGUAACCGACGGGAAGGCAGGACCCAUGAUCUACCAGCACGAGAAGAGCACACACCCCUCACACUUCAAUAUCACAGAGGUGCCGGAGAGCAAGGCAGAUGCAGGCCGGGGCAGCAGCGUGGUGGGUGCUCGCUGGCAUUACUUUGACGCGGUGGCCAAGACCCUCGAGGAACUCUCCUGCUACACUGAGAAUGACAUCCAGGACCUUGACGAGGAGACCUGCAUCCACGUGGAUAUGAUGGACUACUUUGAGGAGAAGCGUGACAUGACAAGCCUCUCUGAUAAGAGCACUGAGGCUCCGGGGGCAGGUGGACGCACAGCGCAGUAUAAAAUGAUGACCUACUUCUUUGGGGUGCAGUCCAUGCAGGCCAUGGUGGAUAGCAAAGUGACACCGCUGUACAAACCCAGCUCCAUCACCACACUGUUCCGGCCACUCAUGAAAGCCAUUGUGGGGGAGGGCAGCGCCAUCAACGCCACCUACACAGCCAUAGAGAUGGAGCGCGCCACCAUGGCCGACAAGGUCUUCCACAUUACCUUGCCAAGCGGGACACCCCUGCGCUUCAUGGUCACCUUCACUAACCCUGCCGCUGAGAUGAGGAAGGACUACAGAAACACAAUCGGACUCUCCCUCUCCUCGUUCAAGAAGGCGCCGGUGGUGAUCAACCGUUAUGGCAGCGUGUGUCUGGAGCUGAAGAGGAGCUGGCUGGCUUCCAGUCCCCGCCUGGUUCACAUCAGUCAGGUCACCAACUCCCGCACCAGGUGUAGCCGCUGUGGUGAGCAGGGACACAACGUGCGCAAGUGCUUGGUGCCAUCUGAUGGUGGUCGGGACAGCAUACACAGGAGAAAGAAGAAACAGCGCACGGUGCCCCCUACACCCUACCCUUCCUCGACCUCACACACUCUGCAGCCACUUGCUAGAACUUCAAAGAUGAUGGAAGUGGCACUACCACCACCACUACCACCACCACCACAGCCACAACCAACACUACUACCACCACCACCACCACUACAACCACCAUUGCAGCAGCAGCAGCAACAUCCACAGCUUCAGCCACAGCAGCAGCAGCGGGAACAGCAGGAGACACAACAGCCACCAUCUGCCUCCUGCUCCCUCCUUCCUGACACCCCAGACAGCCUGAGCCAGGAGGAGGGGGCAGCCAUCAUCAGGAGCACCGAGCAGAUUCUGUGGACAUGUCCUGGCCUCAGCAACGUGCCAGCUUCCGAGGAAACACAGGUGCUCAUCCCGGCCACCACGCCUGUCUCUUCAGCAUCAGGACAGUACCCGAGUGUGGUCCCCCAGCGCUCCCAAGCUGGCUCGGCCCCGGUGUAUGUGUGGGCAUACACUGUGGUGCAGCCAACUCAUACUGGGGGACAGCAGGCACCCUCAGAACAGUUGGCCCUCAUGCCAUCACCACAGCAGCCUGCCCAGCCACUCACUGUGGUACAACACCAUUCUGUGCCCCACCAGCAGAUAACAGGCACAGCAGACACCCACCAGCAGGUCAGCCAGUCAGACUCAACACAAGCCUCACAGCAGCAGCUUCCUGUCAUUCACCACCAGCAACAGCAACAGCCAACACCAUCCUCACAACACCUCCCUGUCAUACACCAACAUCAGCAACAACAACAGCAACAACAACACCAACAAGAGACCCCAACAUCACAGCAGCAGAUCGUAGUGGCCCACCAUCCAACCAGCCAGACAGACACACCACAGCCAUCUCAACAGCAGCACCUUCAUGUCAUUCACCAGCAGGCAAGGCAGGUCAUUCCAGCAUCACAGCCAUCACAGCACCUCCACAUCCUACCACAGCUGACCCGACUAACAGCACCACCACCACAGCAGCUGCCAGUCAUCCACCAACAGUCCUCUCGCCAAACAGCCUCCCACCUCAACCAGCUUCAGCAGGUGUCACAGAAGACAUCCUCUCAGAUCAACCUUAUUCCUCAGCAGAUGUCCAUAGUUCACCAGCAGGCAACAGCACCCCAGCCAGCACUCCCAGCACCAGUCCAGCAGCAGCAGAGAGCAACACACCAGGCCACCCUCACACACCAGACUCAGCUGCACUCCACUGAUGCUACACAAGCUCAGCAAGUCCUCCACUCACAGACAUCCAGCAUUCAGUCUGUCUUGGAUACAAACUGGCAGCCUCAGUAGCAUGACUGAAGCUUGCAAGACAAUGGAGGAAGUGGAACAAAGUGACAAGGAGGAAUGUGAGGAACAAAAGAAAAAGCAGAGGCAAUCACACUACCAUUAAGGAAGAAAGUCUAGAAUCUCACUUGAGAGGAAAAAAUGAAAAGGAGAGCAAAAUAAGGAAGGAUGACCCAAUGGUGUUACAGAGGAAGCAACAUAUCACAGGUAACAAACACUCAAACACUUCUUAUCACAGACAGGUUUGUAAAAAUAAGCAUUCAAUAGUAUUUUUUUCUGAAGCACAAAUUUCAGAUGUAAAUGUGAUCACAGUACAUUUCAGAGUAUUAUCUUUCCCAUCUGUCUGCCAUUCACAUAUCCUGACUGCCAUGAGUGCAAUCCUUGUAACCUUUGACCGUUUAUACUGAAUUUUAGUUUUUUUGAUACUGGUAUAUUGUUAUGCUUA